AUGUCCAACGAGGCAAACCCUCAGGAAACAACAGGAGGAAUUGCUGUCGAUGAUCCUUCUUCAGAGUCUAUAAUAAAAUCGAAACAGCAAACAAAUUAUAAUGAAUCCGCUUCACCUCAUCAGCAUUUCAAUAGGAAAACAUCCGCCAAUUCGGAUCAUGCAGGUGAUCAACAUGGUCCCGUGAGACGAAAAUCAAUAUUACAUAAUACUACUCAUCAUUUAAAUUAUGGAUACCAUCCAACGGAAGAAGAUAAACAUUGGAAUGGAGAUACGAAUCUUGAUAGACAUCGUCCAAGUUCCAGAGCCCAAUCUUUCUGUUCGGAAAAAAGUAGAAAAGUAGAAGAAGAUGCAGCAUUAGUUAAUUCUUGGUGGUAUAUAUUUUGUGCAAAAUGCAGGCAAAAAGAAAGUUCGAAAUCGUGGGAACCGACUCAUUGGCAAAAAGUUUGCCCAUAUCCAUUUUGCCCAUCUUACCGUCAUUUUGCCAGAUUACUUGCUUUAGUAUUAGUCGGGUUUUUGCUUUGGGGUAUUGUUUAUUGCAUAUUAGGUAGUACAGCAGCACCCGGUGGUCAAUUAUUCGGACUUGCGUUAUUGUGUAUAUGUGCGAAUAUCGGAGGAUGGUUUGCAACCGUAUUGACUUUACCCGCAUUAGUUGGAAUGUUAGCCGUGGGUGUUCUUUUUCAAAAUGUCGGAUUAGUGCAUAUAAGUGAAGAAUAUAAAGAAGUAUGUUCGAUAUUAAGAAAAAUUGCAUUGGUUAUUAUACUUAUUCGAGCAGGACUCGAUUUAGAUCCGAAAGCUUUAAAAAGGUUGGCUUUAUCUACAAUAAAGCUCGGUCUGGUACCUUGGAUUGUAGAAUGUGCCAUAAUUGCAACAAUGACAUAUUUUCUCAUGGGUUUACCAUGGAUUUGGGGAUUUUUAUUAGGAUCGAUUAUAGCAGCUGUUUCUCCAGCGGUAAUUGUACCCUGUCUUCUUCGUUUGAGAACUAAAGGUUAUGGUAUAGCAAAAGGUAUACCGACACUUAUCAUAUCGAUUUCGGGUAUUGACGAUGCCGCUUCCGUGGCUGCUUUUGGAAUCAUUCACGGAUUCAUGUUUUCGAAUUCCUCUUUAGUUUUCAACAUAAUUCAAGGUCCGGUAUCGAUCAUAAUGGGAUUUGGUUUUGGAAUUUUAUGGGGUUUUCUUUCGAAAUUUGUGCCAGUUAAAGAUGAUCCUUUUGUGAUUCCACUACGUGUUCUUUUGCUCUUUUGCGGUGGAACCAUUGCUGUAUUAGGUAGCGAAGAAAUAAAUUUUGGUGGUGCUGGACCAUUAGGAUGUGUAACUGCAGCAUUUGUUUCAUUUUUAUUUUGGAGUCAGCAAGGUUGGGAUGUUGAAGAUAAUCCGGCUGCCACGGCUUUUGAAAUUUUUUGGAUGAUUUUCGAACCGAUUUUGUUUGGUAUUACCGGUACCGAAAUAAAAAUUGAUCAAAUGGAUGGUGAUGAUGUAAAAACUGCACUUCUUUGUUUGGUCGUUGCAAUCAUUAUUCGAAUAGUGGUUACGUUUUGCAUUGCUUUCGGAGACAAACUCAAUGCAAAAGAAAAAAUAUUUGCCGCAUUUGCUCUUAUGUCAAAAGCAACCGUACAAGCGGCUUUAGGUCCAGUGGCUAUGGAAUCAGUUAAACACUCCGGUGAAUCCGAAGACGAAGAUAGGAAAAGAGCUGAAUUUGUACUUUUAGUUUGCGUACUUUCUAUUGUUAUCACAGCUCCCAUAGGUGCCGUAAUUAUUUCACUUUUGGGUCCAAGACUGUUAACUAAAACCUCAGCUCCAUCUCCUUCGUCCGAGUGGAGAAGAAGAAGUCAUAGACCAUCCAUUCGAGAUAUAUCGAUAAUAGAUGAAGAAGAAGAAUUGGAUGGUAGUUCGGUUCGCGAACCGGAAAGACCUCCAACCAUAUCCGAAGAAGUAGAAAUACAGGAAAUAUCCAAUAGGAAUUCGCCAUCGUUUAAAUCCAAAGAGGAAAAUGAUACGCAAGAAAUAAAAUCUUAG